AUGAAAAUCACAAAGAAGCAGAGGCUGAUAGCCACAAUAUGUAUAUCUUUCUCGUUCUUUGCAGCUGAAUUGGCUGUUGGGUUCUAUACUCACUCCAUCGCAUUAAUCGCCGAUGCCUUUCACUACCUUAGUGAUCUUAUCGGAAUAGUUGUCGCUCUGAUGGCGUUGAUGUUGCAAGAACAUACGAAACCAGCUCCACAAGGAUACACAUAUGGAUGGCACAGAGCAACGAUACUAGGAGCAUUCUUCAACGGAGUCUUUCUUUUGGCACUGGGGAUCAGUAUUCUAGUGCAGGCUGUUGAACGAUUCGUUCAUUUGACUCGCGUACAGCAGCCUUUCCUGAUCAUGAUAGUUGGUUGCGUUGGUUUGGCACUAAACAUUCUCGUACUAUCCUUCCUUCACGAGCAUGACCAUGAACAUGACCACCAGGGAGAUAGGCGACACAGCCAUGAUGAUAGACAACAGAACCAGGAGACUACUGGGCCAUUGACUAACGAGGCAAUAAGCGAGAGCGUAACAGGUUUGGCACAGAUCCCCAUGAACCACCAUAAUCAUAGACACACAACCGUGUCUGUGAAGAGCCCGGGAAGGGACUUGGGUAUGCUUGGCGUUUUCAUUCACGUUCUGGGAGAUGCCAUCAACAACAUUGGAGUCAUCAUUGCGGCAGUUCUGGUCUGGCAGCUCAAAGGAGAAGGUCGAUACUAUGCGGACCCAGCAGUGGGAGUCUUCAUCUCACUCAUGAUUCUCCUGUCAGCUAUACCGUUAGUCAAGAAAAGCGGUGCUAUUCUACUACAAACUGCGCCUAAAGGCGUCAACCCUGAAGACGUCAAACACGACAUUGAAAUGAUCCCUGGCAUCAAAUCGGUACACGAGCUGCACAUCUGGCGCCUGGACCAAUGCAAAUUUGUCGCCUCUGCCCACAUCGUCGUCGACAGUAGAACUGUCCAGGGCUUUGCAGACAAGGCUAAGAUCAUCAUGAAGUGUCUCCACGCAUACGGGGUUCACUCAGCAACCCUACAGCCUGAGGUUCUCGAAGCGAGCCCCGUGAUCAUGCCUGGCAGUGGCCCGGGGUCUCAGGGCCAGGCAACUUCGAUCGACGUCAAUCAUAGCGUAUGCAGAACUCAACGGUCGCGAGGAGGCGAGCAAGAAUGCCAGGUGAUUUGCGGAAGCUCGUGUGAUGGGCUGAGGUGCUGUGCGCCAGUACACCUUGAGUGAUCGACGGCCUUGUUGCUGUUUGCUACAG